CUUCUGUCCUGUGUGUAUGAGAGAGAGAAGGGGAAAGUGUGUGUGUGUGGAGAGGAGAGAUGGCUCCUUUUCCCGACGAGGUGGACGUGUUCACCGGGCCGCACUGGCGAAUGAAGCAGCUGGUCGGCCUUUACUGCGAUAAGCUGUCGAAGACGAACUUCUCCAACAACAAUGAUUUCCGCGCGUUCCUCCAGACUCUGUGUGCCACCUUCAAGGAGUUCAAGAUCCACGAGCAGAUCGAGAACGAGUACAUCAUCGAGCUGCUGCAGCAGCGCAGCCGCACCACCUACAACGUGCACUCUGACAACAAGCUCUCCGAGAUGCUGUCGCUCUUUGAAAAAGGCCUCAGGAAUGUCAAGAGCGAAUGUGAACAGCUGAACUAUGCACGGCAGCUGAAAGAGCGUCUCGAGGCUUUCACCCAGGACUUCCUUCCUCACAUGAAGGAGGAAGAGGAGGUGUUCCAGCCCAUGCUGAUGGAGUACUUCACCUAUGAGGAGCUGAAGGCCAUAAAGAGACAGGUGAUCGCACAGCACUGCAGCCAGCAGCAAUGGGACACAGCCGCCGAGGUGCUGAAGGGCUUGAACCUGUGGAGUCAGGCCGAGGAGCUGCACAAGGCCUUCAAAUACUCCGACCAUGAGAAGACCGAGGAUGAAUGUGACGGUCGUGCCAGCACUCACAUCUCGGUGCUGCCUCAGGAGGUCAUGGUGCGGCUGUUUCGUUACCUGGGCCCAGAGGACCUGUGCCGCUGCAGCCAGGUGUGCCAUACCUGGGCAGAGGUGGUUAAAACGGGCUCGCUGUGGAGACACCUGUAUCCAGUCCGCUGGGCCAGAGGUGAUUAUUACCGUGGUCCCCCAGGAGAGCCAGACCAGGAUCCUGAUGAAGACUGGGUUCGGAACCUGCAGGAGGAAGGACGAGCCUAUCAGGAGUGGGACGAGGACGCAGAUAUAGAUGAAUCUGAGGAAUCAUGUGAGGACUCACUGGCUAUCAGUGCUGUGCGCAAAGAAAAGAAGUUGCUGAAUGGAAUGAUCCAGAACCUUCUCCCAGCCAUGGGGUCAUCGGUUCGCACCCUCAGCCUGGCUUACAGUGCUGCCGUCUCCAGCAAAAUGGUGCGUCAGGUCCUUAAUCUUUGCCCAAAUCUCAUACACUUGGAUCUCACCCAGACUGAUGUUACAGAUUCAGCUUUUGAAAGUUGGGCGGAGUUGGGGGCGUGUCGAACACUCGAGCAUUUGGAUCUGUCAGGCUGUGAGAAGAUCACCGACUACACGCUGAAGAUGUUAUCCCUGGGUUUAGGUGACGUGACCACGCCCAGGUUUUCCAAGAACAGCCCCGAAUGCAAAACCAAGCUUCUGAAGACACCGCCGUCUGCCAUCAAACUUCUGGAUAAGCACACCGGUUAUUCUCUACAACGCGCACGCACAGCUCUCGUCUUUAAGUGGAGGCCUGGUGGGCGGAGCAUGAGCUGCAGCCCCGUUUGGGUUCUAGAUCCAGUCGAGCUCACUGACAUUGAGGAUGCAGCUGAUUGGACUCUAAGGGAAGGCGUGGUCGGACGCAACGAGGAGUGUCGUGGUAUUUUAGGGGUGCAGGCAAAAGGCGGGUUGUGCUGCUGUAAGAGGAGCAUGAGGCGGAGCUUUAGGACUGACAUUAGCUCCACCUACUUGCAGCAGCUGUAUGGCACGCUGGGGGAAAUGCAGUGUGGUCACUCUACAUGCUGCGGCUCAGACACCGCUUUAAGGACAGUGAAAGGAGCUCAGUGUGACCCUCAGGCCACAGGGGGCAGCACUGAGCUUUGGACUAAAUGCCCUUCUGAGGGCGAAUCAAGGACUGAUCAGUCAGGAGCCUGUCGAGCUCUGAGGUUCCUCAGCCUGUCAGGAUGCUAUCAGAUCACAGAUUUCAGCCUAAGGUGUCUCUCUCAGGGAGGAGGGCUUCCUCUGCUGGAGCACCUGAACCUCUCAGGCUGUCUGUUCAUCACUGAAGUGGGGCUGCAUGAGCUGGUGUCUGUGUGUCCCUCGCUUAAGGACGAACACUUCUACUACUGCGAUAACAUCAACGGUCCUCAUGCUGACAGAGCGAGUGGAUGUCAGAAUCUGCAGUGUGGCUUCAGGGCUUGCUGUCGCUCCGGAGAGUGAUCAUCAUUCCUGAAUGGCUGCGUUUGGGUUUUUUUUUUUUUCUCUCCGCUUUCACCUCUCUCUUCAUCUCAUGUUUUCCCCUUUCUCAUCUUCAGUAUUCUUUUUUGUUUUUCUUUUCUUUCCUCACUUCUCAAAUCCCUCUGUGUGUCUUCUGUCCUGUUGCACCUCCUGCGUUUGCACUUUAAAUAUCGGAGGGGUUCGGGCUGUCCUGUCACUCACAGGGUGUUUCAAUCGACACCUUAAAUGAUAUAUAUAUAUAUAUAUAUAUAUAUAUAUAUAUAUAUAUAAAAAGUAAAAUUUCCUGAAACCUUUGAGCAGAAAGGUGUUACUGAAGUCCUCAGAGUUCCUUCUCUCGCAUUCGGUAAUUUGGAACGAGGUUCUCUUUUAAUUUGGUGUGGUUUAAGGAAACAUUGCUUUUAAGCAGUGAAUACUUGUGAAGGUUGUGUGUGUAGUAAUUGUCUCACAAAGCUGCGUAGCCAGCUAUAGGAUCUACACUGCGUUUCUCCACCACUAGGGAAUAUUCAUCACAUCUUACCAUAUGAUUACUGUACAGUUAUGUUCUGUAAAUACAUGCUUUGCUUCUUUUCUCAUUCACUAAUGCAGACUCGGCAUAAGGAAACCAUUUCAGUAGCCUACCCAGGCUAAUGAGAGUGCAACAAAAAAUGAAUUCGACACCGUUUACUCCAAAUGUAGACAUUCAGCCAAUUGAACAUUGAAAUGUAAUUAUAACUGGAAAGAGUCGAGCUGCAGAAGUAACACUUCAGUUUCAUACAACAGCAGAAUCAGGCUGUAAUAAGGAAAUGUCAUGUAUUUAAAAAAUAAACACACAACUAUGAUGUUGAAUUCGUCUGAUCCAAAUUACAGAUGCUUGUCCUGACUGAUGCCAAACUGCUUCACCUGAGCAACUACUUAGGUAGAGCGCUCGUAUCUUUUUUUUUUUUUUUUUUUUUAUAUUUUUGGGGCUUUUUUUUUCACCUUUAUUAUUGGAUAGGACAGUGUAGAGACAGGAAAUGAGCAGGAGAGAGAGACGGGGAGGGAUCGGGAAAUGACCUCGGGUCGGAAUCGAACCCGGGUCCCCGGAUUUAUGGUAUGGCGCCUUAUCCACCUGAGCCACGAUGCCCCAGAGUGCUCGUAUCUAAUGGUCAAUUUGCAGAAAGGAGACGGGGCACCCAAGGUUUAUAUAGAACAAAAAAAAACAUUUUUCAAUCAUUUUGGUUAAAAAGCAAUUCAAAUGAUUGUGCGUUUAUCAAUAUUUUUGUUCAUCAGUCCAGUACAGCUGUGUGCAAGGUUAGCAGCUAUAAACUAGAGCGCAUGCUUGUUUUUACAUCCUGCUUCAGAGUCGAAUCGCUUUCUCAGAAGACACUCUCGGCCCAGGUAUUUUGGUCCGUACCUGAGUGUGAUUGCUGAGUUCUCACAUGCCCUGAAGUACUACACCGAGUUGGGGAAACACCCCAGGAUUCCAUUCAAACCCUCUAAACGCUGCUGCAUAUGUGAACGCAUCCAAAGACAAGCUAAACUCCAUUAACAUCACUCCAUUACUGUUGCACCUCCAAACAUACCUUGGCUGAUCAGCCACAUGGAAGUUGUGUGCAUUUUAGUUUUGGUUGAACGUUUUAUUCACACCCAGUUUAGUGUUAAACUGCAUUGCUUAUUGAAAUUAAACCUAUAAAUAAACAUUCUCCUUAA